CGAAAAUCAGGGCUUCACAGUGGAAUUGGCGACUGUUCUUCUGGCUUUUCUAUUUCCUAUCUCUCUUCCCGAACCGUCUGUCAUUUCACUGCCAUUUUUUUUUCGCGAAAUUGCGAAUCUGAUGGACGGGUUAAAGCUGAACUUCACCCUUCGUCCGAGUUUUAUGGUGUGGCGCACGCAGUCGACUUAUACGGAGAGUUCGGACGUAAACGGUCAGCCCAGUCACUGCAGUCUUGAUGUAGAAACCGAUGAAGAGCCGCAAAGAGUGCGGCGAUCUUUGGGAAUGCAAAUAACAUGGGAUAUCGCGAUGGAUGACCUGGAAGAGCGACUUCAGUGGUUGACCCUGACUGACCCACUCGAAGACGCUCACAAGGUUUUCAGAGCCUAUUCAGCGGCUGUUACAAGGAGAUUUCCUUUAAGUUGGGGCAAACGUCGCAACACGCUCAAACGACCGCGGUCUCCCGAAAUGAAGGAUCGAUCUGGGAUCCCCCCACCCAAGCGAAGGCAGGCUUUUAUUCCAACCCCGAACCCGCGCAAGCAGAGACGGGAAAGGACGACAUUCACCCGAGCCCAGCUAGACAUCCUGGAGGCGCUAUUUAUCAAAACCCGUUACCCGGAUAUCUUCAUGCGAGAGGAAGUUGCUCUGAAGAUAAACCUUCCAGAAUCCAGGGUUCAGUGGGGCGACUCCGGCGGGUAUAUGCGACACCAGCGCCCGUUUAAUUUACGCGAAAGCCCAGGAGAAAAGAAACGGACCGGACACGGCGUAAGGGAACCCGCGGGAUAUGGGAGUGCUUUCAACGCCUAG